UUUUAGGGCUGUGGGGUGAAAUUCGGCCCACGAAAUAUUCGUGCCCGCGAAUUUCGCUUCCAAUCUGCAACCCGUGAACCGACCCAGCUGAGUACGCACCGCCCAGCGACAAUCAGUCAAAAUGGCCUUCCACAAGCUGGUCAAGAACAGCGCGUACUACAGCCGCUUCCAGACCAAGUACAAGCGCAGGAGACAGGGCAAGACCGACUACUAUGCCCGCAAGCGCCUGAUCACCCAGGCCAAGAACAAGUACAAUGCGCCCAAGUACCGCCUCGUCGUCCGCUUCACCAACCGCGACAUCAUCACCCAGAUCGUGACCUCGGAGAUCAACGGCGACAAGGUCUUCGCGGCUGCCUACUCGCACGAGCUCCGCGCCUACGGCAUUGAGCACGGUCUGACCAACUGGGCCGCUGCCUACGCCACCGGUCUCCUGCUCGCCCGCCGUGUCCUCAAGAAGCUGGGUCUGGACGAGGACUUCACCGGUGUUGAGGAGCCCGAUGGAGAGUACACUCUCACCGAGGCUGCCGAGACCGACGACGGGGAGCGCCGCCCCUUCAAGGCCUACCUCGACGUUGGCCUUUCCCGCACCUCGACCGGUGCGCGCGUCUUUGGCGUCAUGAAGGGCGCUUCGGACGGCGGUAUCCUGGUCCCCCACUCCGAGAACCGGUUCCCCGGCUUCGACAUGGAGACGGAGGAGCUCGACGCCGAGACGCUCAAGAAGUACAUCUAUGGCGGCCACGUCGCCGAGUACAUGGAGACCCUUGCCGACGACGAUGAGGAGCGCUACAAGAGCCAGUUCGUCAAGUACAUUGAGGACGACAUCGAGGCUGACGGGCUUGAGGAGAUGUACCAGGAGGCCCACAAGGCCAUCCGGGAAGACCCCUUCAAGAAGUACGAGAGCGAUGCGCCCAAGAAGAGCAAGGAGGAGUGGAAGCAGGAGUCGCUCAAGUACAAGAAGGCCAAGCUCACGCGCGAGGAGCGCCAGAAGCGGGUGCAGGAGAAGAUUGCCGAGCUUCGGGAGGAGUAAAAUGGUUUUUGCUAGGGACUGGUCUCGUCGUCGUCUGGGCUCAUGACUGCUUAUUCUUUAGGAGUUCUCAUGCACAUUGGGAGGGGGCACACACGGGGGGUAAUGACCAGGGUUUAUCAAAAGCCAAUCAACUUUCCGAGUUUGUGCAGGUUUGUCGGAGUUGAUGGCGCCAAUUCGUGACGUAUGAUCGGAGUGCAGCCACUGCAAAAGCCGCUGGAAAGCGCUACUGAGAUGGGAUCACGCUGCCUCGAGGCUGCCGAGGCUGCUUACACUACACGACACACCUUGCCAUGCACAGAACUUGGCCAACCUAUGGUGGGCGCCGGCAAGCGGUGGCGAGACUCGGCACGUGACACUUUAAGCGGGUUUCCGGUUCCAGGGCUUGAACAAUGAAUUCUUCGCCUGUCGGGGACGCUUCCUAUGGAUGUUGCGCACAAUGCGUGGUUUAGAAGAGG